AAUAUUAAAUCAAAAAUUUAGCGAUGAGAGCAAAGAACAGAAAGGAGGAACAAAAUUCCCAAAAUUAUGAAGCUCCAGGAAGAUAAUAGUGAAACCUAGAAAAGGCUUUUGAAUUUUCAAUUUUCAAUUUUCUCGAGAAACAAACAAGGAAGAAAGGAAGAAAAGAAGCUUAAAGCUUAAAGCUUUUUUCUGUGUGUGCGCGUGUUUUAGAGAGAGAGAGAGAGAGAGAGAGAUGGCGUCGUCUUCGUCAUCGGCAACAGUGGCAGUGGAAAAAGCGACGAGCGAUCUUCUGAUGAGUCCUGAUUGGACUAUGAACAUCGAUAUAUGCGAUUCCGUCAACUCACAUCAAUGGCAAGCAAAAGAUGUUGUGAAAGCUGUGAAGAAAAGAUUGCAGAAUAGGAACUCCCAAGUUCAACUACUCUCUUUGACGCUCUUGGAGACGAUGGUGAAGAACUGUGGUGAUUAUGUCCAUUUUCAAAUUGCUGAGAAGAAAAUACUGGAGGAGAUGAUCAAAAUUGUCAGGAAGAAGGCAGAUAUGCAGGUGAGGGACAAAAUUUUGGGAUUGCUGGACUCUUGGCAAGAAGCCUUUGGGGGGCCGGGAGGAAAAUAUCCUCAGUACUACCACGCAUAUGAGGAACUAAGGCGAUCCGGAGUAGAAUUUCCCAAGCGUUCUUUAGAUGCAGCUCCUAUAUUUACACCACCUGUAACACAUCCAACCCUGAGAAACACUCAAGCAGGAUAUGGAAUGCCUAGCAAUUCUUCAAGAAGGCUUGAUGAAACAAUGGCAACAGAAAUAGAAAGUUUGAGUUUGUCAAGUAUGGAUUCUAUGUGGAAUGUUAUGGAGCUUUUAAGUGACAUGCUGCAAGCUGUGAACCCCAGUGACCGUGAGGCCGUAAAAGAUGAAAUUAUAGUUGAUCUUGUCAACCGUUGUCGUUCCAACCAGAAAAAAUUGAUGCAGAUGCUUACCACGACUGGGGACGAGGAACUUCUUGGCCGGGGUCUUGAAUUAAAUGACAUUUUACAAGGUUUGCUUGCAAAACAUGAUGCUAUAGCUUCUGGAUCCCCCCUGCCAGCUUUACUUACAAAUCCCAGUCCCCAACCAACUGAAGUAAGUGCCUCCAGUCCUAAACCAAGUGAAGUAGUAAGCUCUAGUCCAAGAGACUCUAGCCCAACAUCUACUACUACACAACCAGUUCUCGCUGUUACAAAGGCCCAGAAGAUUUACGAAGAGGAGGAAGAGGAAGAUGAAUUUGCACAGCUAGCUCGAAGGCAUUCAAAAACACAGCCAAAGCCUUUUCAAAGCAAUGGAACCUCUUCCCCUGAAGGUCCAUCAUCAACGUCAUCAAUCUCUUCAGCCUCAACCUCUGUCCCGAGUAAUGCAUUGGCCUUGCCUGAUCCACCUGCACCAGUUAGGACCACAAAAGAGCAGGACAUGAUUGACCUUCUGAGUAUCACCUUGUCAACAACAUAUGCCUCCCCCCAUACUCCCCACACUCCACCUGCCUCUAACCCAAACAUGCAUCAGGUGCCUGUUUCCCCCAGUGCCCAAGGGUAUUCCUAUGCUACCCAGACUGAUCCCAGAAAUCAAGGGCAGGUAACCAACAAUAGUUAUGUUGUUCCUUGGGCCCAGCCACAACCACAACCACAACCACAGUCUCAGUUUCAACCUCAAAGCUUUCAACAAGUUCAACAUCAACAACCACGUCAGUUACAACCUCAAAUCUUUCAACAAGCUCAACAUCAACCGCAACCUCAGUUACAACCUCAAAGCUUUCAACAAGUUCAAUCUCGACCUCAGUUACAAUCUCAGAGCUUUCAACAAGUUCAACCUCGACCUCAGUUACAAUCUCAAAACUUUCAACAAGUUCAACCUCAACCUCAACCUCAGUUACAACCUCAAAGCUUUCAACAAGUUCAACCUCAACCCCAGCCACAAAUGCAACCCCAAUAUCCUCAAUAUUCGUCUGGCUAUCCUCCUCCACCCUGGGCUCCAAACCCUGGCUAUUCUAACCAGAAUCAUUUAUCUACCACUAAUAUGCUUUCGAAUCCACGGGCCAAUACAGCUGCAGCGUACACACCCACGCAAGGAAUGAGACCAAGCUUGCAGCACUAUAACUCUUUCCCCGUAAGAGGAAGCAAUGGGUCAGCUAUGAAUGGAGAUCCACGGGUGAGUCCAGGACCCAGGAACCCUGCCCCAGCAGCUGCACCAAAGCCCUUUAUUCCCUCGUACAGAUUGUUCGAAGAUCUUAAUGUUUUUGGCAAUGUCACAAGUGGCAGCACAUCAUCAAGCCUGUCAGGAGCUUCUGGCCAAAGUAUGGUUGGCGGGAGGAAGUGAAAUGUUUAUGGUACAGCUUUCAAAACAGGGAUCCAUCCAUGUGAAUAUGGUGUAUAUCGGUAUCAGUACCUUCGAGCUCACAUUGUAUUUAAAGUUCUUUAGACACAAUCCUAAGUUUUACGAUUGUCAUUGAUAAUCAAUAUUGGUGUGUAGGUUGCAACUCUGAUUGCCAACAAAAAAAAAAUGUAACAUUCUUUUCCAGCCCAUGCGUUGUAUUUUGUUUGCUGUGGCUUUUCCUGGCCCUCUUAAUCAAGGUUUCAAAUAGAAGCUUAUAUGGAUCAUUGAAUUA